CACAUGCUAGUUAAUUUUCAACACGCUGGGAAAUAAAAGAUCAAAGGCAAAAUCAGGAAACAUCACUCCACAUGUUCCUAAACAGUCACAGCGGUAAGUGAAUGACAGCAUCUGUUUUACUAAAGUUCUUGAGUGUGGGUUUGUUUUAAUAUUCAAGUGUGGUUGCUGACAGAGCAGGAAAAAGGGCCAUCUCAGCUCUUCUGCCUUUGACUGUGUCACUUGGCGUGCAGAAAUCAGAAAACGGUGCAGCUUGCCAUGGUGUGGAGAUGAACACGGUCGCCUGCUAGAUUUCUUCAUGCCAAGGUGCUGUUGCAGGUUUCGUUACACAGUCUGGUUAAAAACUUGGCAACCCUGUUUUUGAAGGGUUCCGCCUGCAGUGCAAAAUGUACAGACUCCUGUGGGUUCCGAAAUAAGUGAUGUUUCUGCAGAUUGAUUCUCUUGCUCUAGGCAGGUUCAAGCUACGCCAGGUAGCAUUGCCAGGCCUAGGGCAUGCCAACCUGACCUCGUUGUUGCUUGUCUCGUUCCCUGUUGUCAACUUUUUCAGAUUGGUUCCAUCCAUCUGCUCAAAGUGGACUUGAAUAGGGUGGAGGGGGGAAGAGGAGCCAGAAGGGCUUGCAAUGCACCAAAAUGGGACAGGUUGGCAGAAUAUGGAGGGGGGGGGAAUCGUGACAAGCCCCCUAGAGACCUAGCCCUGAUUUGAGAGCAGAAACAGUAAGAGGUAAUCAAAUGGAUUUCCUGUUAAAUGGCAACAUAUGAAGGCGUACCUGAUUAACUAAAAGCAGUGAUCAAUUUACGUGUGGUUUACCCAUAUUUGUUUUGGAAAUUUUACAGAUUUUAUCUGUGUUUUAGUAGUGGUUAUUUCACACACACAAAAUAGUUUUGCAGAUCACAGCUGUGUUUUAUCUACAGUUUUAUUGUGCACAUUGCUUAUGAGAGGUCUUGAUUAGGCAGCUUAGACAGUGGUACCUCUGGUUACAUACGCUCCAGGUUACAUACGCUUCAGGUUACAGACUCCGCUAACCCAGAAAUAGUACCUUGGGUUAAGAACUUUGCUUCAGGAUGAGAACAGAAAUCGUGCUCCGGUGGCGUGGCGGCAGCAGGAGUCCCCAUUAGCUAAAGUGGUACCUCAGGUUAAGAACAGUUUCAGGUUAAGUACAGACCUCCGGAACGAAUUAAGUACUUUACCUGAUGUACCACUGUAUAGCUUUGCACAUAAAACAGUGAUAAUGAGAUUAUGACAGUCUACUACAUUUCCCUUCCCUUUCUUCUGUCUGUGGAGGGGUGGGGUGAGGCAAACAUAUUUGCCACACCCCACACCCCUAGAAGAAGAGGAGUGAUUGGAUCCUCCCAUUUGCUUCGCUCACAUGCCCAGACUUGUUUGAUUGGACUCCUUGUUCUGGUUAUGUUGACUGGCAGAUCCUUCAGCUGUUCGGCAGUUCGAAUCCCCGUGAUGGUGUGAGCUCCCGUUGCUCUGUCGCAGCUCUUGCCAUCCUAGCAAUUUGAAACCAUGCCAGUGCAAGUAGAUAAAUGGGUACCACUGCAGCAGGAGGGUAAAUGGCAUUUCUGUGCGCUCUGGUUUCCAUCACGGUGUUCUGAAGCGGUUUAGUCAUGCUGGCCACAUGACCCAGAAAGCAGGCUCCCUUGGCCUGAAGAAAGAUGAGCGCCACAACCCCAUAGUCACCUUUGAUGGGACUUAACCAUCCAGGAUCCUUUACCUUUUUUAAAAAAACCUUUAAUAAAUAUAACCUGUUUCCCCACAUUCCUGUUGCCCUGCAUCUUCUUUUGAUGUGAUAGCAAUAGCUGUAUUUAGAUGGCGGGUGAAAAUGUACGUCUUUGUCCAGGGUUUUUGGAACCUGAGGGCGUUGAUGUUGGUUGGAGUUGAGACUUAGAGCUCAGCUAUACAGCUGCAAAUAUAACGUUUUAAGCGUGCUUUAAGUGCAUUAUACAAAUGUGACACUAGAUGGUGACAGUGAGCUAAUGGCAAAUUCAAUAUGUUUUUUAUUUUUUAUUUUUUUUAAGAAGCAUUUUCACAGCAUUUAAAAAAAUAUAUAUGUCUAGACUCAGCCUUAGUGUUCCUGUUUGGUCAUGGAGGGAUGGUUCUCUUUUAUGUUUUGCAUUACUGUUUAUAUUAUACGUGGUGCUGUUAAGCUGCCAUGCACUUUGAGCUGCAGGAAGGAGCAGGGGUAGAAAGAUUCUGAUGAAAUAAAUAAAUAUUACCACUAGCUAGCACCAAUUUCUUUCUUUCCUUUCCGUUUAUUAUAUUCAUAUUCUUCCCUUCUUCGCAAAGUUGCCCAGGGUAUCAAACACAAAAAGGUGUAUAUUGGAGGGGGGGAGAUAAUAUAAUUUAAAAUAUUGUUAUAAGGGGCUCAAAACACAGCUUUCCAUAGUUAUAUAGUUUAAACAAUCGCACACAAACAGAAAGUUUCCCAAGAGCUAAUGCAGCUCCUUUAGCAGCCAAAGGUUGACACACCCCCUUGCUGUAGACUGAGGAAAACCUGCAAAUAGGUUCCUUAACCUGGGAGACCACAUUAUGAGUUCUGCACAAAGGGAUCCAGCGGAGAAUUCAGGCGCCCCCAGACUGGCAGUAUUUUGCUGGAAGGAUUCUGGGUCAUCCUGGAACUUUAGGUUUGCCCAGUGGAUUAAAGCUCUGCUGCAAAGUUCAGUAAAAAACUAACUUUUUGCCAUUUGGAAAAGUGAUGAGGAAAUGCACUGCAAAGCGUGGGACUGAUGAAUGAUUAACAAGAAGGUUUGUAAAAAAGAAAACUUGCAAGCAAAUCAGGUUGAGUUCAGGAUGCAGGGUGAUGGCGCUGCAACUGCUCUGUAAUCAAAUCAGAACGAGCACUCAGUAAAGACCAGACAUAAGGUAAAAAGGUAAAGGACCCUAACAUGGUUAAGUCCAAUCAAAGGCGACUAUGGGGUUGUGGCGCUCAUCUUGCUUUCAGGCUGAGGGAGCCGGCAUUUUUCCACAGACAGCUUUCUGGGUCAUGUGGCCAGCAUGACUAAACCGCUUCUGACACAACAGAACACCGUGACAGAAAUCAGAGUGCACGGAAACGCCGUUUACCUUCCCACCACAGUGGUACCUAUUUAUCUACUUGCACUGGUGUGCUUUCGAACUGCUAGGUUGGCAGGAGCUGGGACAGAGCAAUAGGAGCUCAUUCUUUCGUGGGGAUUCAAACCACCAACCUUCUGAUCAGCAAGCCCAAGAGGCUCAGUGGUUUAGACCACAGCACCACCCUCAUCCAGACAUAAGGCCUCUGUGGACUUGUGGUUGUUUUGAGGGUGUCAUCUGCAAAAUGCCAUUGACAUCAUAACAGCGCAGCAGUGGUGGAUUUAUAAUGGACCGUCCACACACACCAUUCUGCUCUAUUAGUUGUUCUGCGAUGCUUCCCCAAUUUUAUUGCAUUAUUGCUGUCACAAGGGAAGCUAUAGCACAAUCAAAGCGAAACAACGGAAAAACCUGGAACAUUUGUGGUGGGACCGUUUUUAGGUUUUCAAAACAGGGGCGUAGUGUGGUGGUGCCUGAGGGUCAUGCCCCUGGGUGCACAAAUUUUGAGGGGAUGUGAACCCGCGCCCCGAAGAAAGUGCCCCCAGUGCGGUGUGGCCCUGUGCUCUUCUCUGCCUGCCAAGGGCCACAUUGACCAGUCAGAUUCCCCCCUGUGUGGGCGGGCAGACGGUUCAGCUUGGCCCAGUUUUGCUCCAGUGGGGGUAAGGUUGCUCUGGCAGUGGCGACCCCCUGCCCAGUGCCUGCACACCUGCCCUGGGUGCCAGCAAUGAAUGCUAUGCCACUGUUUCAGUAGGAAGCUGCAGGACAUCAUACCCCAGUCCGAAAUUAAACAGCAUGUAUACAACAAUUUUUAGCGGAUGCAAACAGUGUUUUAGGGUUUUGUAAAGUUUAUUAUUAUUUCAUUUUAUAAUAAAAUAGAAACAAGAGUUGUGAAAACUGUAUUGAAAGCAAGAUCGUGCAUGUGCCCUGGUGCCAUCAUGAAAAGGAUGCCUGGAGGAGUCCAUAGUGGUGCCCACUCAGCUGCUGUUGGACUCCAACUCCCAUCAUCCCUGACAAUUGGUCAUGCUGGCUGGGGCUCAUGGGAGUUGUAGUUCAACAGAAGGCACCAUAUUGGUUGCCCCUGGACUCCAACUGCUGUGCGAGCCUUAUGCAAGCAAAGCAAAACAAAUGCUCAGUUAAACAGUUCAUCUGGAGGCACCAGUGUUCAUUAUCUCAGUUUCACUGUGUACAUAUUUUGCCUUUAAUGAGCACAUCAGUGCAACAUUUUGGAUCCUGUUAGGGGUUAAUGGCAGUCGACUGGCCAGAACUCAAGGUAAUCAAAGACCUGCAGGGAUUAAAAUUGUUUAGGGAAUUACCCAGGACUCAAGUCUUUUUACAAGCUUAGCUGAAAAAGGAAGAGAGAGCAGAGGAGACAUUCAGGUAGUGUGUGGUCCGAUCCUGGUCUGAAAUGGAAACGGAAGCCAAGAUGAGUGAUAGCAUCAAGGUAGGCAACCCAAGGUUGUGCCUAGUUUAUUGUCUGAAACACACUUGCAAGAAUAGAGAGGAGAGCUGUAAAGAGAGAUAUGACCAUGUCUUGAAAUGGGGCAGUUUUCUGGGUUAUUUAUUUUGGCUCAAGGUCCCCCUGUUUCUUGUUUCUUUCUCCCGCUCAGCAGGUCACUGCUGAAUAUAACAAAAGUUUCACUUAGACUUCUUCUAAGAAAGAAGUACAUUCAGUCCUGUUCUUUCCCCCCGUUGUCUUGGUUUUGUGUCUCUCGUAAGAGAUCCUUUCAUUGCUCCACAACUGCAAUGGCUUUAUCCCAAAAGAAACUCCGAUAUGGGUUAGAUUUGAGGAGAGAAGCCAAUGGAUUUGCCACUAACAGGAUCAACGAGGUAUGGAUAGCAAUAAAGCCAUAAAGAUGCCACGAGACGGAAAGAGAUGGGAGGGAAGAUCAGAAUUGUAAAUGGGGAGAAAAGUCAUCUAAUGGGAAUGUUAAAAAUAAACGAUCAGAGCUUUGGUUUGAUGCAGAGAUGGGAUGCUUGCUUGGCACAGGGAAUAUAUGACGUUACAUUUAUCUAGAAAGGACUAGAAGAGUCCUUUUUCAAGAAACAUUUUAAAGAAUGUUGGGAUUUGCAAGAUUCUAACGCGCACACACAAAGCCUUUAGGUUGCAUGCCAUCAAAUCCUAGACUGUAGCAUGUUUUGGGUUGUUGUUUUUUGUUUUAGUUUUUUUUGCUGGCUCCCUUUGAACUAACAGAUCAAGCGAUUAAAAGAGUCGCACUGUACAAGCAUUCUGAAAAUGCUGCUCCCUUUAGUGACCCGAAGAAACGUCCAAAAUAAUUGUGUAACCAGAAGUUCAGGGAAAUAAAACACCUGACGUUCUUUUAAAGCAUUCCUUGGCACGGACCUCGCAGGACUUUUGUGUAUUGUAUUUUCCGGCAAGCAGAUUUUCAUAACCGAUGCUGCAAUGGGGAUGGUGUGUGUGUGUGGCGGGGGGUUGGGGAUUGGGGGCAUUAUAUCUCUCCCAUGUUGCACCUAAAACUUUUCCUAAAGGAACAGCCAGCACUUCCAAAUCACAGCACUCUGUUUGUAGACUUGAGGGUACAUCGAGGUAACUAGCAAAAUGCCAGUCAUCAUUUUUGUGUGUGUGCAUGCACAUGUGUGUAAAGGGGGCUUGAACCUGCUGAGAGGCAAACUGUACACCUCUGCAAGGCAUUGCCAUAGAAUCAGAGGAUCACAGCACCAUAGACAACUCUCUGCACAUCAAGGACGGAGUUUGGUACUAUGGCACCUUCUGCUUGCCCAGAAUUUGGCUCCCCCCAGUCCUUGCACCCUGCCAGGCUUUGGGAAGGAGGUGUGAGGGCUCUGGCAGGGUCUUAGAGGCCACUGACCUCCUUCCCAAUGCUGGGCAAGUAUCACCUGGGCUUUGGGAAGGAGAUGGGUGGACUCUAGGACCUUGACAGAGCCCUCACGCCUCCUCCCUGUAGCCAAGCAAAUGCUUCGCAGGUGCCCUCUCUGCUCAGCGCUCAGUGUGGGCGAACUGGUUGUGCUGCCCUAAAAUUACCUCUGUGCUCAGUGUGGGGCCUUCUAUGCAUGAUGAAGGAAUGGCACCUCUAAUAAACAGCUGUUCACACUCCACUUAAAUAUCUCGAGUGAGAGCCUUGCCAAACAGCUCUUAGCAUAGGACAUUUUGCCUGAUGUUCAACAAAAAUCUGCUUCCUUUUACGGCUCCCACCUCCAUUUGCCCUGCUGCUUUCCCUCCAGGAAACUUGAUCUUUAGUGCGGAAUUGGAACAAACAGCAACCGGGUUCCCCCCCAGAUUGCUGUUAGUUCUGAUUUAGCGCUAAAGAAUGGGUUUACCAGGGGAUGGUGGCUGAGCAAAGGCAAAACCACUUGACCCAUGUAUAGAAAGUGGGAGUCAAUGGGGAAAAACCACUUUCUAGGUGUGGGACAAGCCCAUAGUUCCCACCCAUUGGACCUAAGCUGGAAAAUGUUGCCCACCCCAAGUGUACAGUGCAGAUUUUUCAACUAUGGCCAAACUGUUAUGGUACAUGUGUAAUAUUCCCAUUGGGGAGAACAGUGUUGCCCUGCUCUCUAAGCAGUUCCUGGGGCAGCUCUACACACUUGGGAAGAGAAAGUGCCAGUGGAAGCCAGCACUGCCCUACCAAUCUACGUAGCUGGGCAGGCUUGCCUAAGCAGAAAUAGUUUUAGCAGGUGCGAAAAAAGAGUACACCUACCUGUUGUCAGUUGGUGUUGUGGACUGGCUGGAUGCAGAGGAGUGGUGGAAGGAACCAGCCGGGGAAUCCCCCAAGGGACGAAAGCUCAGAGCCUGGAGAUUGGUGGUUAGAGAGAGAAGAGUUGAAGAGUUUACAGGGUUUAGUGAGCAGGGAGAAUCUGUGGCAGAGAGAAGUCCAGAAUCAGAAGAUGAAGCAGGAGAGGAGGGAAGCCAAGAGGCAAAGAUAAGGCAGGCUGCUGAAGAAGCCAGGGUGUCACCCCCUUCUGCUGAGACAAUCUACCAUCCCUGCCCCCAGUCUCCCAGAACCAGAAGAGGUAUGAAGAGGGUUGAGCAGAGACAGACAAGGCGAAGAAGUCUCAGGUUGCUUGGGAAGGACUUGGGGAAAGAGGAGACUUAGAGAGCUGUGGAAAGUGAGGUUCUUCAGCCUCGCAACUGCCUCAUUGAGGCAAGAUCUACUGGGAGGAUUUGCUAUGCCCAUUCGGCCUGAGCUGUUUUGUUUCUCUGAAUAAAGAAUUAACUUCAUUGAGACCUUGUGAGUUAUUGCUGACCUGCUCCUGACUCUUGCCUUGACAGUUGGCAGGGAGUCCCAAUGUGCAGGUGCUGCCACAUGGAAAUAUUGAUUCUUUACAAAGGCAGAGCAAGUAUUACUUGGCACCUGCAACCAGCUCUGCAGAUUGAAGCGGUCGAGUGGGUAAGGUAAACUGGUCCCGAGUUGCUAAGAGCUUUACAUACUGAUAAUAACACAUUAAACAAGCAGCUUUCUCUCCUGCAAACCAGCAGACCUUCUCCCCAGAAAUUGGCACUGCAGUCUAAAGUUGCCUUCAGCCAACAUCUCUCUCUCCUCUCUCUCUCGUCUCUUCUAAAGUGGAAACUAUUGUUUGAUUCUCAUUAACAAUCCUGUGCCCUCUCCUUCCCAUCACCGAGCUCUGAUAGGUAUCUCAUUGUUCAAACUCAACAGACAGAUGGCCAACUAACUCCCAACCAUUAGCUCUCAUCCCCUGACCAUUAUAGGCUAUUAUCCUUACAGCAGGUUUAUGGGAUGCCACCUCACAUCUUUUUCAGGGGGAUCUGAAACUUCCCCACUUCUUUUCAAGGAAUGUAAUUGAGCCUAACCUUAAAUGAAGCUAUCCCACUUCACUUUCCUCUUCUUCCUAUGUCAAGCAAGCACCCAGCAAAAAGAAAAGCCAGCAGAAGCCGUUAUGCUUUUGGACAAGUUCAUAAGAGAAUGAACUUGUAUUGUUGAGAGAGAGAGAGAGAGAGAGAGAGAGAGGAUCUCAAAUGUAUUGAGUCCAGAGAUGUACAUGGGUUUUGUAUUUUAAUCCAGAAUAAAGAAUCUUGGUGUGCUUAUUUAGGUAAGAAUCUGCAGGAUCAGGGACAUGGGUGGCACUGUGGUCUAAACCACAGAGCCUAGGCCUUGCUGAUCAGAAGGUCGGCAGUUUGAAUCCCCGCGACGGGGUGAGCUCCCAUUGUUUGGUCCCAGCUCCUGCCCACCUAGCAGUUUGAAAGCACGUCAAGUGCAAGUAGAUAAAUAGGUACCACUCUGGCGGGAAGGUAAACGGCAUUUCUGUGCGCUGCUCUGGUUCAUCAGAAGUGGCUUAGUCAUAAUGGCCACAUGACCUGAAGCUGUCUGCAGACAAAUGCCAGCUCCCUUGGCCUAUAGAGUGAGAUGAGCGCACAACCACAGAGUCGUCCGUGACUGGGCCUAACGGCCAGGGGUACCUGCAGGAUCAAGACAUGGAGAAAAUAGAGCCGUUUCAGCAGUGCACAUGCUUUGAAGCUCAGCAUAUUUCCUGUCUCUUUCUGGGUGAUGUGCAGAGGGUCUCUGCGCACAUAUUAAGAUUAGUGAUGAACACAUUGAGCCCAGUAUAAUUUGCAAUGUGCCUGUUGAAUUACAAAUCCACUGGCAUAAACUUGGGUGGAAAUUAGGAACAGAGAAAGCUGCCUUAUACUGAGCCAGCCUGUUGUCUCAUCUAGAUCAAGAUUCUUGUGAGUUUGGACAGGAUGUGUUUGUGUUAGGCUGUAUGCCUCAGCCCCUUCUAAUUCCUCAAUCCAGCAAGGAUUAAAAUCUAAUAGAGGAUGCAAUUGUUGGAAUCGCCAGGCCAGCUCCUUGGUGACUUAAUGGUCCUCUAAGUAUGGGUCCGUAUAGUAAAAGCUAUGGUUUUCCCAGUAGUGAUGUAUGGAAGUGAAAGCUGGACCAUAAAGAAGGCUGAUUACCGAAGAAUUGAUGCUUUUGAAUUAUGGUGCUGGAGGAGACUCUUGAGAGUCCCAUGGACUGCAAGAAGAUCAAACCUAUCCAUUCUUAAGGAAAUCAGCCCAUGUGCUCACUGGAAGGACAGAUCCUGAAGCUGAGGCUCCAAUACUUUGGCCACCUCAUAAGAAGAGAAGACUCCCUGGAAAAGACCCUGAUGUUGGGAAAGAUGGAGGGCACAAGGAGAAGGGGACGACAGAGGACGAGAUGGUUGGACAGUGUUCUCGAAGCUACGAACAUGAGUCUGACCAAACUGCGGGAGGCAGUGGGAGACAGGAGUGCCUGGCGUACUCUGGUCCAUGGGGUCACGAAGAGUCGGACACGACUAAACGACUAAACAACAACAACAAAGUAUGGGUCGUUAGGGUAACAAAGGAAGUGGCUUUGUGCCAGAGAUGUGUGUGAGAGAGAGCUGGGCUAGAAGCAGGAUGCAGGCAGAAACCUGAGCGAGAGAGACAUGCUUGAUUUAUGCUUGAAUCCAAGGCUGUGGCUAUGGGAAAAGCAAGACCUUCUUGGGGCCUCAGGGUCUUCAUAGGCUAAGGUUGUAUAUGUGUGUAAAUAAACUAUAUAGCCUAAAAACACUACCAUCUCCCUCAUUCCGGGGAAACUGAAUCCUGGGUAAGUGCCUGGAAGCUCUGGAAUUGUAAACUGCCUGGAGAUUGGGAUAGCAUGCAACAAUAUUCUGGCAGGGUUUCAGACAGGGGGCACUGUCCACCGCUGAAGUUCCACUGGUGCAACAGACCGAUGGAAUGUUCUCUUCAUCAUUUGCCCCUUCCACCCUACCAAAUCAGUUCCAGUUUCUGAAGUAGUUUGUGGAAGCAGGCAGCAGGAGGAGAGGAACUGGAGGUCUCCUUGGGCAAGCAAAACUCUGCCUUCACAGUGUUAGAUGCAACCCAGCCUGACCUAGAGAUGCUGGAGACCUUGAACUUGAGACCUUCUGCUAUGAAGUUAUUUGUUACCACCAGAUUUCAAAGUGUCUGAAUUAUUGCACAUCACUGAAGUGCAUCUGGGGAAUGUGGCACGCACAAUGCAACAUUCUUUCCCAACACAUGCAUCACGGUAUCAUGGCAUUUUAUGAUUGGUUGUGAUCUCAUGUUGUUUGCUCAUAAUUUCGUUGUUUCAAACUAAGAAAACAUUUUCUAAAAUCAUUGAAUGAGGGCUCACAAUGCUUUGAAGAAUUAUGAAACUACUAGAGUUGACUUAUGAAUGCGCUAGUUUUUGAGUGGCAUCAUUAAUCAAUGGUUUGUCGCUGAUGCUAAUGGCACUCAGAGUAGAUCUAUGGAAAUAAAUGGAUAUGGCCAACUUAAGUUCAUUAUUUUCAGUGGGUCUGCUUUGAGUAGUUGGAUAUAACCCAAUGUGUUUUAGCUAUAUAACUCUAUUUCCCUAUAUUGUCAUAUUCAGGAACAACAAUUUGAUUAGUUUACUCAAAGGAUCAUUUUACUCCAUAUGUGUCCACACAAUCACUUUGAUCUGCAGAAUUGGCACUUUCCCAAGUGAGGCCCUGAGGACUGGCUGUCUUCCUUUGUAGCUUAUAAAAGCAAACCAACAUUGGUGGCUGCCCUUUUUACUACAAUAAAUAGUUCUGGUAUGAUUCCUUCUAGCUGGAAGAGAGUAGUAGUAGUUGUGCCCAUUUUUAAAAAGAGUCAAGCCAAUGACCAAGGAAAUUAUAGACCUAUCAGCUUGCUGUCAAUUAUGGGUAUUUAUGCAUGAACCAAGAUCAAUAGUUUCUCUGUGUCCUACAUACAUCAGGUGUGCCUAAGAGCCCAAUGCUAUGCAUGUUUUCAGACGUCAGUCCUAUUGAUUUCACUGCAGAUUAUUUCCAGGUAGGUAAACUGAAAGCACCAUGCAUCCAUAAGCAGUUUCUUGUAUAUGCAAGCUGUCUGACAGAUGAGUCCCUGUUGCUUAUCGAGAGGGAAGAGGUGGCAGGGAAGUCAUCACAGUGCAAACACACUGGCGGGAGCAUUGGAUUGGCUUUGAUGAUGGGUUUGCACCUCGCUGACUUCCCUGCCACCUCAUCCCACCCAGUAAACAAUAGCUACCCACAUGCAGGGAAUGUAGUUUAUUAGCUGUGUACCCCACCACCCCAUCCGCAAGCUGCUUUUGCAUACCACUCUAUAGUAUUUUUCAACUUAGUCUUGUUAUGACCAGUACGCUUCUUUUCAUCUUUCCCUUUAAAAGGAUGCUGGGAAAGAUACAAAUAACCACAAGGAAGAUUCUGCAGCCAAUUCAAAAAGCACAAUGAAAGGAGCUAAGGAGCCAUCUAUAUUCUGUAUGAGCAAGCUGAAGGUAAGAAAAAUGCUAUGACUCUUUUGUUGCGGAUGGAUCUGCGCAGACCCCUUGAGAAAGUUGCCGAGCACCUAGGAAGGUUGGUUGACUUUCCUUUUAAUCCUGUAAAUUAAUGAAUAUUGACUCUUGAGUUUCCGCCUCCUUUGCAAAGGAGAGAUGCCCCUUGUGUAAUUUACACACAGAUGGUUGUGUGACCAUUAUCCAAAUACCUGAGCACAUAGAAAUUGGAACCCACGCCAUGUUAAAGGGGAGAAAAGCAGACGUCUGUUAUCUGCCCUCCUAUCUCAAUUAAGCAGCAUGAAGCAGAACAGUCAGUGUGGGCUAGAUAAUCCAAGAAAACUUGCAGUACUCAACUCAAGGAUUCUAAUUUAAGAUACUCAUUAACAAUUCAAGAGCAAAGCAAGCAAAGAAAAUGGUAAUUGUAUUAACAUAAAUCAAGCAGUAUUUGCUAACCAGCCCUUACAUUGGAUAGGUAAAGGUAAAGGUAAAGGGACCCCUGACCAUUAGGUCCAGUCAUGGACGACUCUGGGGUUGCGGCGCUCAUCUUGCUUUAUUGGCCAAGGGAGCCGGCGUACAGCUUCCAUGUGGCCAGCAUGACUAAGCCGCUUCUGGCAAACCAGAGCAGUGCACGGAAACGCCAUUUACCUUCCCGCCUAUUUAUCUACUUGCACUUUGACAUGCUUUCAAACUGCUAGGUUGGCAGGAGCAGGGACCAAGCAACGGGAGCUCACCCCGUCGGGGAUUCAAACCGCCGACCUUCUGAUCAGCAAGCCCUAGGCUCUGUGGUUUAGACCACAGCGCCACCCACGUCCACCCACAUACAUUGGAUAGAUCAGGAGUGAGGAACUCUUCUCAACCAAGGGCCACAUUCUCUGAUGGGUAACUUUCCCAUGAGCCACAUGCUGAUUGUGGGCAGGGCCAGAGGCAAAAGUUGGUGGAACCUUGGCUGUGGUUCUUCUUACUUUAUAUGGUAAGGUAAAGGUAAAGGUACCCCUGCCCAUACGGGCCAGUCGUGUCCGACUCUAGGGUUGUGCGCCCAUCUCACUUAAGAGGCUGGGGGCCAGCGCUGUCCGGAGACACUUCUGGGUCAAGUGGCCAGCGUGACGAAGCUGAUCUGGCGAGCCGGCACCAGCGCAGCACACGGAAACGCCGUUUACCUUCCCGCUAUAAAGCGGUACCUAUUUAUCUACUUGCACUUAGGGGUGCUUUCGAACUGCUAGGUGGGCAGGAGCUGGGACCGAAAGACGGGAGCUCACCCCGCCGCGGGGAUUCGAACCGCCAACCAUGCGAUCGGCAAGCCCUAGGCGCUGAGGUUUUACCCACAGCACCACCCGCGUCCCUUUAUAUGGUAGGCUGGUCCCAUUGGGACCAAUGGGGUGGAAGGCAGGGAAUAGAUGGAGCCAGAACCAAUUGUAGAUGGAGCCACCUCAACCUAGUGUUGCCUGUCUCCUUUACAUGGUGCAAGACUGAAGCCAAGACUAUGCCUGCCCUAGACUGGUUGUAAGUAAGACGGCAGGUAGGCAUAGGCUGGAUUUACUUGUGUAGUAUAAAAGUUGGGCUUCUAACCAUUUGUGUCCAUAAGCCUUAGCUCAUCUUUUAAUCCCCCCCCCUUUAUCCUUUAAUUUGUUUAUAUAAGAAAACCAGAGGAAGGAGCAAAGACCACAGUUUAUCCGGUUUCCUUAAGGGCACCGCUUCUCGAGAUUUAAGUGCUUGGCAUCGACUCCAUAGGCAUGGGAUAAAGGAAGAGAAGGACAGCCGACUGAAUUGCGUUCUGGGUGUCAGGUUUAUGGUCUGUCUGUGGUCCCAAGCAGAACUAAUGGGAUUAAGGCUUAUCAGUAUUGGAUUUCCAUGGCCUCUUUAAGUCUUGGGAUUAAACAUGACACUGUUGUUUCUCACUUUGUGUCAAGUAGAUCCAGGGUCCUUCUCAGCGUCCUAUUAGGGAGGACAGGAAAGGGGGCAAUAUAACACAGAGAGAAAGGGUCAAUCAGACUCAGAGAGAAGAGGUAAUUUUGCAUGCACACAUGGAAGGGGGCGAUCACACACAUGGGGAAUGAAGCAAUCACAUACCAAGAAAAGGGCAAUUUCACAUAUACCUAUGGAAAUUGUUCAUAUGCACAGAGAAAAGGGCAAUUAUAUACACAUGCACACUCACAGAGCUUGCCAGCUGUCAGGAGCCGGAGUCAGGAGCAGGUCAGCAAUAAAGCCACUGCUGUCAGUGAAGUUAACUUUUUAUUCAAAGAAACACUGUGGUCACAGCACCUCUUCCCAGGAGGUCUUGCCUCAAGGAGACAGUUGCAAGAACAGAAGGACCACACCUUCCCAGCACUCUCGAAGGCUUCUCCUCCUCAGGCUUUGUCGCAUUGUCUCUCUUUGCUCUGCUCUCUUCAUUCCUCUUCUGGUUCUGGGAGACCCGGGAGGAGGUGAGCUGGUCACACCAGGAGGGGGAGAUUCCCUGGCCUCUUCAGCAGUGUGCCUCCUCUCUGCCUCUUGACCCACCUCUAUUUCUACCUCUGAUUCUGAACUGCUCUCUGCCAUAGCCUCUUCCUCCUCACUAAACCCUGUUGCCUCUUCAACUUCUAACACCUCCUCCUCCCAGUCUGCUCCCUCUUCUCCCUCUGGCCACUCAUUGUCUGCUCCUGGUUCUAAGCCCUUCUUCCCCUGAGGGUUUCCCAGCUGGUGCCUCCCACCACUGCUUUGCAUCCAUCCAGCCCAUGACAUUGACCAUCAAGAUUUGCAAGUGUUGCAAGACUUGUGUGUGCAUAUGCCUAACUCCAUUCCAUUUGGCUACAAUUGGAUGGAGUCAAGAGGUGGAGCAUGUGAAUAUUCUUGCCCCUCUCCAUGCCUUUGCACCCUAAAUUACAGGAUAACAUUUACGCCAGCCCUUCGUUUUGCAAUUUCAAGAGCUUGACGAUCUUUGAAUCCACCUAACAAUGUCCUUUUGACCAAACUGUGGGAGGCAGUGGAAGACAGAAGUGCCUGGCGUUCUCUGGUCCAUGGGGUCACGAAGAGUCGGACACGACUAAACGACUAAACAACAACAACAAGGUCCUACUGUUGAUUUAAUGAGUUCUCCACAUUCUCUUCUAGGUCUUUCUGGUGUCGCUAUCUUUUGCUUAUCUUGCCAAGACCAUGUCUGGGGCUUACAUGAACAGCAUGCUCACACAGAUUGAACGGCGUUUCAACAUCCCUGCCUCGUUGGUUGGUGUGAUAAAUGGAAGCUUUGAAAUGGGUAUGCAAGUGAAAAGGUUGAUGAGAAUUCAACCAUAGCUUAACAGGCAUGUCUAAAUGCAUAGAACGACCAAUCCAGGAAUAGUAGACAUCCUUAAAACCUGGCAAGGUCCACAUCCCUUCUGUUGUAACCUGUUGAGGGCCACAUGCCUUUGAUUGGUAGAAUCAGAGCAAUGAUAGGUGGAGCUAGAGACAAAAGUGUUCUGAACUAUCUAGAAUAAAGAACACUCUGCUUUUAUCUUUGCCAUGGCUACCUUGAAUUCCCAAACGUACGCAAGUCUUUACAGAAGUAAACCCCAUUGAGAAUGAUGGGGGAUCACUCUCAAAAGUAUAUGCAGGGUGUAUAAAAAGAUUAGUACAACAGACCAAUAGAGCUACUGUUCUAGAAAAGAAAUGAAAGCUCACUUUAGUGAGCUAUAUGCUAGGACGGUGCCACUCAGAAAAGCCCAACCUUGAACUGAAUUGAGACAAUUUGGGAUGAAUCCAGAUCAGGUUGAAGAAAGUCUGGAUUGUUCUGGAGCAGUUUGGAUUGACCCGAAUCAAUCCAGAGUGAUUGGUAGCUCAAAACACUCUCUCUGAGAGCCAGACAGGUUGUCACCAAAUUGUUACAAAGCGUGAGAAUAACGCCUUAUUAGGAGAACACUAUUAGCUCAUUCAGUGGCUAGUAGCCACGAUUGCUAUGUUCUUCAUCCACAGUCUAAGGCAGUAUGCUUCUGAAUAUGAAUAACUGGAGACUGCAGGAGAGGAAAGUGCACUUGCACUCAGGUCCUGCUUGCACACAAGAAACAGAAUCCCCAUCCUGGACCCAACAAGAUUGUGGAGGCAACUUCAAGGGGGGCGAUUGAAUGAGGUGUUUAGGGCAGCCAAAUAGCUUGGACUGCCUUUGCCUAACUCUCCUACUGAGACUCAUGGGACUGAAGAGUGAAUAACUUUGGACGGAUGAUAGUCUACGUUCUCUAUUUCCACAGGCAACUUGCUGGUGAUACCCUUUGUGAGCUACUUAGGAUCAAAACUCCACAGACCACGCAUGAUCGCUGUUGGUUGCAUAGUUAUGGGUUUCGGAUGUUUUCUGAUAGGGCUACCUCAUUUCUUGAUGGGAAGGUAAAUCCCAUUACUCAUACUUCCGAGGUAUACCUGUCUAUGUGCUCCUGUUGGAACCUUGGGCUCUUCUCCUUGAAAGAACAUUGAAUAUGCAACCCCACCCCAUGCAUCCCAUGCACAUCUGAACAUCAAAUUAAAGGGGAAGAAUUAAGAAAUAAAUCUGCAGAAACAGUUAGUAAGGGGCCUCUGAUUAAUAAGAUUUUAAUUGUAAUAUCAGUGUUUUGAUGCUGGGAGAGUUGUAUGUAUAUGUAUAAAAUCAGUGUAAACAUUUAAGAAAUACAUUUGCAGACGUUAUUAGAAAGGUAUCUUUAAUACGAGUUUUUUGGGGGGGGAGUUGUAUGCUUGUUCGUAUCCGUCUCUCUUGAGAGCAAUGGAUUGCGCUCCCUGGGUUGAAGACAAACAGCUACGGAAUCACAGCAGCUGCUGUGGUUGCAGAGACUGGUAACUCACCACUGCUGCCUCCCAUGUUGUUUUUGCUGCAUUAGCAGCAUAGAAGCAGUUUGAUCAUGGAAGCAGAGAGAAUGAACAAUGUCCCAGAACGCAGCACAUUGCAAGAGAAAAUACCGUAUUGGCCUGAAUAUAACCCUCACAUUGUUUUUUUUCCAAAUUCCAACUGUGAAAAGUUAAAGUGCGGCUUAUAUUCAGAACCGAGCUCUACAUGCACACCUUCCGGCCCUACCGCCUUGAACAGGGGACGGGGCAGCUUGGGGAGGUAGUGCCAGGAAGCAGCGGCACAGCGUGGUCGGAACCAAGCACUGGCACUGGCUUGGGGAGUGGGGCACCAGCCACCCCCCAUUCAGGGCAGUAGUGCCGGGAGGUGGGCCGCACCCACAAAUAAGCCUUGAAUUUUAAAGUUGCAGCUUAUUUGUGGGUGCAUCUUAUAUUCGGGCCAAUAUGGUUUAUGGAAUGUUUGCAUAUAAUGCAGGGAGUUGCACAGGUGGUUUUUGAAGGCUGAUGCAAAAGCAUGUGGAACUACCAACAGAUCAUUGCAGCCAAUCAUCCAAAGGGAUCUUCUCAGUUAUGGAUCUUCUCAGUUUUGCACCCCCUCGAUUUGGCACCUAUGGGGGUAACUGCCCAUGCCAUCCUAAAUGCAGCGCUGGUUUUACCAGAUAGGUUUCCUGGAAGAUGGGCACCUGAGCAUAGCUGAUCAGUAAAUCCAGCUUUUCCCCCUUAAGAAAUGUUUAGGGGUCCUUUCAUUUUGACUCAAGAAAAUCACCAUUUUAUAGUUAAAAUCGGGAAAAAUAAAUACAGUAAAUGGACAAAAGUACAAAGAUUCACAAAAUGUUUAGGGGUAUGCGUCCCCCCAGAAAAAAGUGCUGGGUAAAUUUGUAUAAAAGGGUGCUACUCUCAUCACCCAUAACUACUGAUCUGUUUCUGUAAUGUGUAGCCACAAGAACAUUGGAAGCUACCUUACACUCAGUCAGAACAUUGGUCUACAGUGGUGCCUCGCAAGACGAAAUUAAUCCGUUCCGCGAGUCUCUUCGUCUUGCGGUUUCUUCGUCUUGCGAAGCACGGCUAUUAGCGGCUUAGCGGCUUAGCGGCUAUUAACGGCUUAGCAGCUUUAAGAAAAAGGAAACAAACUCGCAAGAACUUGCAAGACGUUUCGUCUUGCGAAGCAAGCCCAUAGGGAAAUUCGUCUUGCGGAACGACUCAAAAAACGGAAAACUCUUUCGUCUAGCGAGUUUUUCGUCUUGCGAGGCAUUCGUCUUGCGGGACACCACUGUAUUUAGCUCAGUAUUAUCUAUUCAUGACUGGCAGGAACUCUCCAGGGUCUGAGACAGAGAAUCUCUCCCUACCAGACCUGGAGGCACCAGGGAAUGAACCUGGGACCUUCUGCAUGCAAAGCAAAUGGUCUGCAACUGAGUCACACUCAUUUCAUGUGUACAUUUUAUUCUGACUCGACAGGUACCGCUAUGAAAACUCUCUUUCGGUAUCUGAAAAUUCUUCAACCAUAGCUGUUUGCCUUGCAAAUCAUAGCCAGUUUUCCAUGGCGACCGAACAACCCUCAGAAGGUGAGGUUCCUUCCUAGAUUCAUUUUUCACUGUCUUUCUUUCUACUGUAUUACCUUUGUAGAUGCCAGCUUUUGUAGUGUUUUUGAGGCCUACUCUACCUGUGUCUAGGGAUGGCCAAAUCUGCCAUUUUGGGUUUCUCUCGUUUUCUCCAGCCUUUUCCAGUCUUCAGCUGAGAUUUCCACAUUUCUACAUCCAUUUGCAUUUUUUAAUUAAAAAAAAAAUGUCCUCAUGAGAAUCCAGCAUUUUUGUGCUAAUUUCUCCUGCUAUACAUACACGUUUGUGCACAAUUUUGCCUAAUGUAUACAUUUUGGGCAAGCCAUUUCCCCUAAAAUAAUGCAUCGUUGUAUGUUAUAGUCACUGAUGUAUACACUUACAUGCACACUUUACCACAGUAAAUGCAUUUUUGAACAUAUCACUUGGCUGGAAAACUGCCCUGCAAAAUUCAGUCUAUUGUUUCAGAAAAUGCGAAUUUGGUUAGGUCAACUUUAAAUGAGAACUGAAUCAUAUUUCUCACCUACCUUCCUGUGUGACUGGUGGCUGAGAGUUGGAAUAGGUGUGGGGACAGACAGUGCCAUAGCACCAGCACGUAUAUUUUCUUUGUGUAUGAUUCAACGGCUCCACUGCAGGGCUCAGGUUAUUUUGCCGCCUGAAGAUUUAACCCCAUAAAAUAACUCAGACACUCCAAGUGUCCUAUUUUUCAGGGACAGUCCUGGCUUUACAGAAGCCACCCCAAUUUCUGAUUUCAUACUGGAAUGUGCAGGUUUUCCUUAGAACGUCCCUAUUUUCAUCAGAGAAAUGUUGGAGGGUAUGGAGUUAUGUGAGAUAAAUAAUUAUACAACCUUUAGAAGAUAUCUGAAGGGAGUUUUAAAAAAAAAUUAAAUGUUUAAAGCUUUGUUAUGUUUUUAUAUAUGUUGGAAGCCACCCAGAGUGGCUGAGGGCAACGCAGGCAGAUGGGUGUGUGUGUGUGUGUGUGUGUGUGUGUGUGUGUGUGUGUAUAGGAGUAUAGCAUCUAGAUCAAGGGAAGUAAUAGUGCCACUGUAUUCUGCUCUGGUCAGACCUCACCUGGAGUACUGUGUCCAGUUCUGGGCACCACAGUUCAAGAAGGACACUGACAAACUGGAACGUGUCCAGAGGAGGGCAACCAAAAUGGUCAAAGGCCUGGAAACGAUGCCUUAUGAGGAACGGCUAAGGGAGCUGGGCAUGUUUAGCCUGGAGAAGAGGAGGUUAAGGGGUGAUAUGAUAGCCAUGUUCAAAUAUAUAAAAGGAUGUCACAUAGAGGAGGGAGAAAGGUUGUUUUCUGCUGCUCCAGAGAAGUGGACACGGAGCAAUGGAUCCAAACUACAAGAAAGAAGAUUCCACCUAAACAUUAGGAAGAACUUCCUGACAGUAAGAGCUGUUCGACAGUGGAAUUUGCUGCCAAGGAGUGUGGUGGAGUCUCCUUCUUUGGAGGUCUUUAAGCAGAGGCUUGACAACCAUAUGUCAGGAGUGCUCUGAUGGUGUUUCCUGCUUGGCAGGGGGUUGGACUCGAUGGCCCUUGUGGUCUCUUCCAACUCUAUGAUUCUAUGAUUCUAUUCUAUGAUUCUAUAUAAAAUCCUGGAAUAGAACAUCCCUAUUUUCAUUGGAGAAAUGUUGGAGGGUACACUAAGCCAAUGGAAGCCAGAUUGGCAGUGACCUCCUUAGGAGAGAGAUGGAUAAAUUGUGGCUUCAGGAUGCCCCUGCACUCCAAACGCCACCAGCCACAGUCAGCAUGGUCACUGGCAAUAAUAAUAAUAGUAAUUAUUAUUAUUAUUAUUAUUAUUAUUAUUAUUAUUAUUUAUUUAUACCCCGCCCAUCUGGCUGAGUUUCCCCAGCCGUUCUGGGCAGCUCCCAAUCGAGUGUUUAAAAACAAUACAGCAUUAAAUAUUAAAAACUUCCCUAAACAGGGCUGCCUUCAGAUAUCUUUUAAAAAUAAGAUAGCUGCUUAUUGCCUUUACAUCUGAUGGGAGGGCAUUGCAUAGGGUGGGAGCCACUACCGAGAAGGCCCUCUGCCUGGUUCCCUGUAGCUUUGCUUCUCGCAAUGAGGGAACCGCCAGAAGGCCCUUGGCGCUGGAUCUCAGUGUCCAGGCUGAACGAUGGGGGUGGAGACGCUCCUUCAGGUAUACAGGCAAGGGAUGUUGGAAGUCCAGCAACAUUCUGGGAGGCCACAAGUUCUCUGCUUCUGCCCUAGCACAAAAGGGAAUGGGGGAAGUAAAACAAUAUGCCGCUCGAUCAUCUGAUUUAACUUCUGAAUUCAGGGACAGGAACGAGUCACCUUGCCAGGAGCAUCUAGUUACGGAUGAAUGGGGAGCAUUAAAGUAUUUCAUUACCAGCAAAAAUCCUCCAUGGAGAUUUUCCUUUCUUUCUUUUAUGCCCAGAAUGUCGAAAACAGGCUGGAUCCUUGAUGUGGGUUUUUGUGCUGGUGGGAAACAUCAUCCGGGGAGUUGGUGAAACUCCCAUCGCUCCUUUGGGGAUUUCGUAUGUGGAGGAUUUCGCAAGGACAGAAAACUCUCCUUUCUACAUCGGUAAACCUGAAAAAGACCCUUCCUCAGUAUUGUGUGUUGGAUUUAAAAAUCAAACCAAGCUCUUAGAUACACUUGGACCACAUGCACAGCAUACAUUUUAAGCACAAAGAUGAUGCUUUAAGCAACCAUAAAAGGUAAAGGUAAAGGUACCCCUGCCCGUACAGGCCAGUCUUGCCAGACUCUAGGGUUGUGCGCUCAUCUCACUCUAUAGGCCGGGAGCCAGCGCUGUCCGCAGACACUUCCAGGUCACGUGGCCAGCGUGACAAGCUGCAUCUGGCAAGCCAGCGCAGCACACAGAACGCCGUUUACCUUCCCGCUGGUAAGCAGUCCCUAUUUAUCUACUUGCACUUUGACGUGCUUUCGAACUGGUUGGCAGGAGCAGGGACCGAGCAAUGGGAGCUCACCCCGCCGCGGGGAUUCGAACCUCCGACCAUGCGACCGGCAAGUCCUAGGCGCUGAGGUUUUACCCACAGUGCCACCCGCAUCCCUUAAGCAACCAUAGCUUCCUCCAAAGAAUUCUGGGAACUGUGGUUUGUCAAGGAUGCUGAGUGUUGUUAGGAGACCCCUAUUCCCCUCACAGAGUUUCCAGAGGAGUUGAAUCAAUCCCUCUUCCAAGGGAUCUCUGGGAACCGUAGCUCUGUGAGGAGAACAGGGGUUGCCUGACAACUCCCAGCACCCUACAGUUCCCAGAAUUAUUUGCGUGAAGCUUAAGGGACGUGGAUGGCACUGUGGGUUAAACCACAGAGCCUAGCACUUGCCGAUCAGAAGGUCGGCUGUUCGAAUCCCCACAACGGGGUGAGUUCCCGUUGCUCGGUCCCUGCUCCUGCCAACCUAGCAGUUUGAAAGCACAUCAAAGUGCAAGUAGAUAAAUAGGUACUGCACUGGUGGGAAGGUAAAUGGCGUUUCCGUGCGCUGCUCUGGUUCGCCAGAAGCGUCUUAGUCAUGCUGGCCACAUUACCCGGAAGCUGUACGCCGGCUCCCUCGGCCAGUAGAACGAGAUGAGCGCCGCAACCCCAGAGUCGGCCCCAACUGGACCUAAUGGUCAGGGGUCCCUUUACCUUCACGGCUGCUUAAAGUGGCAUUAAAGAGCUUUAUGGUGUGAAUUGGUUUCUUCCAUAGAAUCAUUCUGGCUUUGGAUCAAAAGGGAGACUACAAAUGCCUUAGAAAAAGUACGUUUUGGGGGAUGCUCAUGGUGCCGUCCUCUGCAUAUUUAUUCAGAAGGCAAAUCCCACUCAGUGGAAGUUGAUCAUUUGGAACAAAUGAAGAUAUACCUCUUUACCCUGGCUUUUAAUGCUUGAGGUAUAUAUUGCCAUGACCUACCUCAUUUUUAUCAGUGUUAAGUUGUGUUUUAAUGGUGUAACUUGCCCUGGGACCUUAAGGCGAACAGAGGGCAAUAAAUAAACGAAUAAAGAAUACAUAAAUGUUGGAGCCAUGGAUGGUGCUUUCCAGCAGAUAGUGUAUACCACAGAUUCUGUGUCGCUUCCAUCUCCCAAUAGCCAGCCAGUAUUCUGUGCACGUUGAGCACGGUUCCAGACUGAUAUAUACACAGAGUCAAGAGUGGAUUUCAUGCUCUUUAUUCAGCUCAUAGUGCUGAGGAGGAAUGAAAGUUCCCCCAGUAUGUCUGCUUUAUAUACAUUAUUUAAACAAUGGGCCCCACGUGUUUAGCUAAUUCCGGGAUUCACCUGUAGGCCAAUCAGGUUUCAGAUUCACUUCCACCUGGAGCUGGAUUGGGUGGCUCCUGUGGACCAAUUAGACUGCUGCAUUCUGGAUCCUAUUGUUCUAGGACCAAUCAGACUGCUGCAUUCUGGAUCCUAUUGUUCUAGGACCAAUCAGACUGCAGCAUUCUGAAUCCUAUUGUUUUAGGGCCAAUCAGACUGCUGUAUUCUGAAUCCUAUUGUUCUAGGACCAAUCAGACUGCUGCAUUUUGGAUCCUAUUCAACUCAGUACAUAACACAGACAAACUUUCGGGUUCCCCCCCUUAAGAUUGCUUUUGCACUUCUAACCUUCGGGUUCCUCCAAGCCUGCAGUUGCCUCCAUUUUGUGCUCUCCCCCCCCCCCAUUUUGACUACGUAAGGAUAAUGAGUUCACUUUUAAUACAGAAGAUGAUGGUGCAUGGAGGUCUAUUUUAUAUUUCAGUGCUGGUGAGGUCCUGCAUUGGUAUUCUAAAAACCAGUCCUUCAGAUGUUGAGGACAGGAAGCCAAACAAAUGUUGGAGAAGAAGCUGCGUGAAAUAUGACAAUAACUUGUUUUUUUUAUAUUCUUCUGCCUCUCCCUCUGCUGCUAGGCUGCCUGCAGAUAGCAACUGUCUUGGGCCCUCUGUUUGGUCUACUGAUAGGCUCCUAUUGUGCCAAGCUAUAUGUGGAUGUUGGUUUUGUAGACCCAGGUAAUGCAAUGGAAAUGGUCAAAACCCAUAAGGGCUACUCCUGUUUCACACUUCUUAGGGGUGGGAUACCUGGAUGGCAUCCAGUUCGGGAGGGACAAAUCUGUCAAUUUCAGAUUCUCAUUUUUAGGAAGUUCGACUCACCCCAUUCUACACACAGUUGCAAAGGUGUUUUUUUUUUUUUAAAGUUGCCUUAAAAUUUGUGGACAAAGAUAUGCAUUGCUGAUGCAAUUUUGCCUGGAGUAUGCAUUUUUUAUAAAAGUUUUUAUUUAUACUUUUCCAAUUUCAUUUUACAAUCAUUUUAACAUUUCAAAGUUUGACUUCCUUCCCCCUCUUUCUGCGGUUCCUUAAAUUUAUUUUCUAAAUAUUUUCUGCAUAUCCAAAUUCAUUUAAUUUGCUCAUUUAAUGAUCUACUUUAAAUAUGUACUCUUACGAAACUGCAGGUUAUUACAAUAAUCCUGCCAAUGUUUUUAUCUCUUUGCAAUUUAUCUGUAAAGAUUCAAUAAACCAUGUCCAUUCUUUUAUAAAAAGUUUGUUAUCUUGAUUUCGUAUUCUUCCGGUAAGUUUUGCCAUUUCUACAUAUUACAUAAAUUUUUGUAUCCAUUCUUCCUUUGCUGGGAUUUCAGCUUCUUUCCAUUUUUUUGGUGAGUAGCAUUCUUGCUGCUGUAGUAGCAUACAUAAAUUUCUAUACAAUUUAGGUUCCGUAUUUUUCGCCCCAUAGGGCGCACCGCCCCAUAGGACGCACCUAGUUUUUUUGGGGGGGGGGAAUAAAGAAAAAAAAUUAUUCCCCCCCAGGCACGGGGCUGACGCGGGGGAAGCCUGAGCUUCCCCCGACCCCAGCCCCCAGAACAGCCUGCUAUCCGCAAGCCUAGGGAGCCGCGCCGGUCUCCCCAGGCUUGCGGAGAGCUGCGCGAAGCAUGGGAGUGCAGGCAGCUCUGCGCAACCCUUGGGAGCCCGGCGCGAGGUCUCCCAAGGGUUGCGCAGAGCUUCCUGAAGCCUGGAGAGCGAGGGGGGUCGGUGCGCACCGACCCCUCUCGCUCUCCAGGCUUCAGCAAAAGCCUGCAUUCGCCCCAUAGGACGCACACACAUUUCCCCUUCAUUUUUGGAGGGGGAAAAGUACGUCCUAUAGGGCGAAAAAUAGGGUAGUUCUGUCCCGGUAAUUCCCAAAAGAAAAGCUUCUUCUUCUUCUUCUUUUACAAAGGUUAUUUUGAACAUUUUCAAUUCAUUUUCAAUUCAUUAUAUAUAACGGAGUAUGCAUUUUUGCAAGAAAAGAAAACAUACAUGCUUUUCGAUUGACAAAUUGCAACGCAAAAUAUGGGAAAGGACGGAUUUUGAAGGCUAUCUGUAUUUUGGUUUGCACGUUAGUUUGGGAAGUGUGCAUUUUCCCCUUAUCCCUACAUCCUUCCCCAUUCUGCUUUGCUCCAAGCACUAGCCAGCAGAACCCAGUCUCUUGAAUCUGGUUUCCAGAUGUCCCAGGUCAAGGGGUUCAGCUGUAGGUAUUUCAUGCAUGUAUUUCAAUUUUUAAAAUAUAUGCAAUUGUUCUAACCAUAUGCAAUGGUUCUUAAUUUUUUCAUAUAUGGAACGGCUUAACUGGUUUUAUAGAUGCAAUAGUAUUAUUUCUGCUUUUAUUGUAUUGCGAAACCACUUUGAGAUGCUUCAUCCAGACCUGAGUGUCCGGGACAGUGACUAACUUCUACUGUUUGAAACUUGUAGAAUCUGCUCAAGUUUACCACUCAUGCCUUUAAAAAAAUCAUACACUUGUAGAGUUGGAAGUAACCUCAAGGAUCAUCUAGUCCAUGGGUAGGCAAACUAAGGCCUGGGGGCCAGAUCUAGCCCAAUUGCUUUCUAAAUCCGGCUCAAGGACGGUCCUGGAAUCAGCGUGUUUUUACAUGAGUAGAAUGUGUCCUUUUAUUUAAAGUGCAUCUCUAGGUUAUUUGUGGGGCCUGCCUGGUUUUUUUACAUGAAUAGAAUGUGUCCUUUAAUUUAAAAUGCACCUCUGGGUUAUUUGUGGGGCCUGCCUGGUGUUUUUACAUGAGUAGAAUAUGUGCUUAUAUUUAAAAUGCAUCUCUGGGUUAUUUGUUGGGCAUAGGAAUUUGUUGAAUUUUUUCCUCCAAAAUAUAGUCUGGCUCCCCAUAAGGUCUGAGGGACAGUGGACCGUCCCCCUGCUGAAAAUGUUUGCUGACCCCUGAUCUAGUCCAACCCCCUGCAAUGCAGGAAUCUCAUCUAAAGCAUCCAUGACAGCUGGCGCUAUGGGUUAAAUCACAGAGUCUAGGACUUGCCGAUCAGAAUGUCGGCGGUUCGAAUCCCCGCAACGGGGUGAGCUCCCACUUCUCGGUCCCUGUUCCUGCCAACCUAGCAGUUCAAAAGCAUGUCAGUGUGCAAGUAGAUAAAUAGGUACCACUCCAGCGGGAAUGUAAAUGGCGUUUCUGUGUGCUGCUCUUGUUUGCCAGAAGUGGCUUAGUCAUGCUGGCCACAUGACCCGGAAGCUGUACGCCGGCUCCCUCGGCCAAUAAAGCCAGAUGAGCGCCGCAACCCCAGAGUCGGCCACGACUGGACCUAAUGGUCAGGGGUCCCUUUACCUUUAACAAGUGUUUAUAAAGGCAUCUUUUUAUUUAGUUCCAGAAAUGCAGUGUUCACAUUCGAAAGUAACCCUGCUUAUUGCAAUCAAACAAGCAAGAAGGGGAGAAUCUACCACUGAGAAUGAUGGCUACCUUGGCGCUACUAAUACAGUCCUCUCCAUUAAUCUCUUUCUCUCCAGAGGAUGUGACUUUGAGCCUCCUUGAUGCUCGCUGGGUCGGGGCCUGGUGGCUGGGGGUCUUGAUCUGUGCUGCCGUGAGCUUCAUCGUCGCCAUCCCUUUCUGCUUCCUGCCCAAGUCUCUUCCGAAGGAAGGAGAGGAAAACAGUGCCGAGUUAAACACAAAGGGCAACAAAACUUUGCUACCAGCAGAAAAUGCAGCUCAUGUCAGCACAACAAUUCGAGAAAUUGCUAAAGGUGAACGGAUUUUUUUAAAACCCCUUUCCCCACCAAUGUUUUGUAAUACAGUCAUACCUUGGGUUAAAUGUGCUUCAGGUUGAGCAUUUUCAGGUUACGCUCCGCGGCAACCUGGAAGUAACGGAACGCGUUACUUCCGGGUUUCGCCGCUUGCACAUUUGCAGACGCUCAAAAUGACAUCACACGGAUGCGCGGAAGCAGCAAAUCGUGACCCGUGCAUGCGCAGACAUGCGGACGCAGGUUGCGUUCGCUUCAGGAUGCGAACAGGGCUCCAGGACGGAUCCUGUUCGCAUCCAGCGGUACCACUGUACUGUUGUACCUCCCCUUAUGUAUCCCUCUAGAUACAUAAAUUUCAGGAUGCAAACGCAGCAAACCCAGAAGUAUUUUUCCGGAUUUCGCUGUGCAUGCAUGCGCAGAAGUGCUAAACUGCGCUGCCUGCAUGCGCAGAAGCAGUCCUCUGGUUGCAAAUUCCUCAGGAUGCGGCCAGACCUCCGAAACGGAUCCUGUUCGCAACUGGAGGUACCACUGUAUAGUUUUAUGAUAUAUGUUUUUUAAAAAAUGUUUUUAAUAACACACCAUAAUUAAAAUGCACAAAACAAUCCCAUUAUAACAGUAAUAUAUAAAUGUCCAUAAUUAAGAUUGCCCAUAGAAAAAUUCCACCAGCAUCUUUUGUAAACAGCUUUGACAGAGCUAGCAUCUGGGUACGUGCAUAUACAAACCUAAAAUGUAUUUCAAAGAGCCCAGUCCUCCAUUGUGGGUAAAAUAAUUGUCACAGGGCCUUCUUUUUUUGCCGUUGCCAAGGUUGGUCCGGACAGUGGCUCAUGGGAGGAGGGGUCUUUCCUGUGGUGGCUCCCUGCUUAUGGAAUUCUCUCCCUGGGCAAGCACAGCUGGCCCCAUCACUGUCCGUCUUUAGACACUGGAUGAAAACAUUCAAAUGUCUCUCGUUAUUCCUUAAUUUGUAAGCUUCUUUGAGACGCUUCAGUGUAAAAAGCAGUGAAAUAAUGUUACUACUAGUAGUAGUAGUAGUAGUACAGUGGUACCUCUGGUUACGUACUUAAUUCAUUCCAGAGGUCUGUUCUUAACCUGAAACUGUUCUUAACCUGAAGCACCACUUUAGCUAAUGGGGCCUCCUGCUGCUGCCGCGCCACCGCCACGCGAUUUCUGUUCUCAUCCUGAAGCAAAGUUCUUAACCCGAGGUACUAUUUCUGGGUUAGCGGAGUCUGUAACCUGAAGUGUAUGUAACCUGAAGCGUCUGUAACCCGAGGUACCACUGUAGUAGUAGUAGUAGUAGUAAUAAUAAUAAUAAUAAUAAUAAUGCAACUGAGACUAACUGUUCUGGUUCUUUGGUUUCUAGAUUUCAUCCCCUACCUGAAAAGUCUGGCUUACAAUCCAGUUUACAUGCUUUUUCUUUUGAUCACUGUGAUCCAGUUCAGCGCUUGGAUUGGGAUGAUUACAUUUAUGCCAAAAUAUAUGGAACAGCAGUAUGGGAUAUCUGCGGCAGAUGCCAUCUUUUUCAUAGGUAAAAUGUGUGUAUGUGUGUGUGUGAAUAAAGAAUAAUAAAAAAUGUUUAUUUUGAAUGAAGGGCUGAUUAUGAACUUUAUUUAUUUAAUAUUACACUUAUACCCUCCUUGAUGAGUCCUACAACCAUGAGCACACAUGAAUAGGAGGGGCCACACCUUGAAGGUAGGUUUGUUGUCCUUACACUCAUGGACAAGGCCAUACCUCAACCUGUUGUUUUGUGUUUUCUCUCUAGGUGUUUACAAUUUACCAAUUAUAUGUGCUGGUUAUUUCUUUGGUGGCCUCAUGAUGAAGAAAUUCAAGAUAAGCACCUAUAAAGCUGCCCACAUUGGUUUUUGGAGUUCUAUAGUGGAGUAUCUCAUCUACUUCUCUGCUUUUUUCAUGGUCUGCAAGAAUGCUAAGGUUGCUGGCUUAACCAUGUCCUACGAAGGGUAUGUUCUUGCUCUUACCUAAGCCUGAUUUCCCCCUAUUGGGUGGUGCUGAUUAGUUUGCAUAAAGACAGGGAUUUGGGCGGAACCUUGCAUUCAUCCCUGCUGAAAUUAAUGUUGUUAGUUUGGGCCCAGAACCCCAAUCGCUUAGGAUCAUCUUGGAUCCUGAUUCUGUCUUCUGUGACAUUAGCUACCUCUCCCAGUUUGGUGUCACCUGCAGAUUUGAUGGACAUCCUCUCAAUUCCUUCAUCCAAGUCAUUUAUAAAGAGUUUGAACAACAAUGGGGCAAGGACAGAACUCUGUGGUAUGCCACUUGUCUAAUAAUAAUAAUAAUAAUAAUAAUAAUAAUAAUAAUAAAUUUAUACCCCACCUCUCUGGCUGGGCCUCCCCAGCCACUCUGGGUUGUUCCCAACAGAAUAUUAAAAACAUGAUAAAACAUCAAAGAUUAAAAACCUUCCUAAACAGGGCUGCCUUCAGAUGUCUUCUAAAAGUCAGAUAGCUGUUUAUUUCCUUCACAUCUGAUGGGAGGGCGUUCCACAGGGCACGCGCCACCACUGAGAAGGCCCUUUGCCUGGUUCCCUGUAACCUCACUUCUCACAACGAGGGACCUGCCAGAAAGCCCUCAGAGCUGGGCCUCAGUGUCCGGGCUGAAUGAUGGAGGUGGAGACGCUCCUUCAGGUAUACUGGGCCGAGGCUGUUACCUCAUUCAAUCCACAUUUCACCAGCUUCCUUGCAAGAAUAUCAUGGGGGGCUUGGUCAAAAGCCUUGCUGAAAUCAAGAUACACUAUGUCCACAGCAUCCCCCUGAUCCACCAAGCUUAUAACUUUGUCAAAAAAAGGAAAUGAUUCAGAUUCAGGCAUCUCUUCCAGCCCUACUUGGAGAUGACAGGGAUUAAAAACAUAAGAAAGUAAGAAUAGCCUGUUAGAUCAGCAUCAAGGCCAGCAUCCUGUUCUCACAGUGGCCAACCAGAUCACUGUACGAAGCCUGCAAAUAGGAUUCGAGCACAAUAGCACACUCCCCGCUGGUGGCUUCCAGCAACUGGUAUCUAGAACUGUUGUUGCCUCUGACUGUGGAGGCAGUGAGCAUAGCCAUCAUUGCCAGUAGCCAUUGAUAGCCGUCUCCACCAUGAAUUUAUCUAAUCCUCUUUUAAAGGUUUGCAGUUCGAAUCCCCAUGACAGGGUGAGCUCCCGUUGCUCGGUCCCUGUUCCUGGCAACCUAGCAGUUUGAAAGCACAUCAAAGUGCAAGUAGAUAAAGUACCUUCUCCGGCAGGAAGGUAAACAGUGUUUCCGUGCGCUGCUUUGGUUCGCCAGAAGCGGCUCCCUCGGCCAGUAAAGCGAGAUGGGCGCCGCAACCCCAGAGUCGUUCGCAGCUGGACCUAACGGUCAGGGGUCCCUUUACCUUUACCUUUUAGGUUGGUGGGAGAGUUUAACUACGUGCUAUGUGUGAAAGAGUAAAAGUAAAGGUAAAGGGAUGCCUGACCAUGAGGUUCAGUUGUGGCUGACUCUGGGGUUGAGGCGCUCAUCUCUCUCUGACGUGCUUUUGAACUUCUAGGUUGGCAGGAGCUGCUGGGACCGAGCAACGGGAGCUCACCCCGUCGCGGGGAUUCGAACCACCGACCUUCUGAUCAGCAAGUCCUAGGCUCUGUGGUUUAGACCACAGCGCCACCCGCAUCCAUGUGAAAGAGUACUUUCUUUUAUCUGUCCUGAAACUUCCAACAUUUGACCUCAUUGGAUGUCAUCGAGUUCUAGGGUUAUGAUAGAAGGCGAAAAAACUUUCUCUAUCCACCUUUUCCCAUGCUAUGCAUCAUUUUAUCUGCAUAAACUUCGCCCAAAGAAUCCUGGCACCUGUAGUCUGUGAAAAGGUGCUGGGAACUGUAACUCUGUGGGCUAAACUACAGUUCCCACGAUUCUUUGGGGUGGUGGUGGGGAAACCACGUACUGUAAUGUACGGUGUGUACGCAACUUCAGACAAUCUACAAAUAAACUCCUUUUGUGCUGGGUGGCCGCCGAGUUCUCCAUCUCGAAGAGGGGGCUCUGGGUUUGUUUAUUCAUUUUUCUCAUUGUUUGCAGACUCUUUGCACACCUUUCUGGGUAUUUUUCAGGCUCGAACAAGUCUCCUACAUGGAAACAAACUUGUACGCAGACUGCAACCGCCAUUGUGGCUGCUCCACUAAGGUGUGGGACCCUGUUUGUGGAGAAAACGGCAUAGCGUACAUUUCAGCAUGUCUUGCAGGAUGCGACAUCUCAAACGGAACUGGGAAAAAUACGGUAAGGCAGGUGUUCCAGGCAGCACAAAACUGUUCCCCACCUCCCUCUCUCCCUCUCUCUUUCUAGUACCACCUUCUCGUCAUCUCCAUCCACACCCACUUUCCCCCAAUGGGCUGUUUGGGCAAGGAAGAUAACAAUAACAAUAAUUUAUUAUUUAUAGCCCGCCCAUCUGGCUGGGUUUCCCCAGCCACUCUGGGCGGCUUUCAGCAAAAUAUUAAAAUACAAUAAUUCAUCAAAUAUUAAAAAGCUUCCCUAAACAGGGCUGCCUUCAGAUGUCUUCUAAAAGUCAGAUAGUUCUUUAUUUCUUUGACAUCUGGUGGGAGGGCAUUCCACAGGGUGGGCGCCACUACCGAGAAGGCCCUCUGCCUGGUUCCAUGUAACCUCACGUCUCGCAGUGAGGGAACCACCAGAAGGCCCUUGGCGCUGGAUCUCAGUGUCCAGGUUGAACGAUGAGGGUGGAGAUGCUCCUUCAGGUUUAUUGGGCUGAAGCUGUUUAGGGCUUUAAAGGUCAGUGCCAACACUUUGAAUUGUGCCCAGAAACAUGCUGGGAGCCAAUGUAGGUCUUUCAAGACCGGUGUUAUGUGGUCUUGGUGUCCACUCCCAGUCACCAGUCUAGCUGCCGCAUUCUGGAUUAGUUGUAGUUUCCGGAUCACCUUCAAAGCACAUUGCAGUAGUCCAAGCAGGAGAUAAGCAGAGCAUGCACCACUCUGGCAAGACAGUCCAUGGGCAGGUAGGGUCUCAGCCUGCGUACCAGAUGGUAGACAGCUGCCCUGGACACAGAAUUGACCUGUGCCUCCAUGGACAGCUGUGAGUCCUUCAGGGGCCCAGUUGCCCUAUUCAAUAGAUCACUCACAGAGGUCAAGCAUGCGACCAAAAGGCCACAGCCUGCCCACCCUCUUCCUUAACUGAUUUCGUCUUAUGUUUUGGCAGGUAUUUAGAAACUGCUCCUGCAUUUCAGCCUUCGGAAAUGACACGGCGGUCCUGGGCCAGUGCAACAGAGAGAACUGUGGGACAAUGCUGCAGUAUUUCUUGAUUUUAUCCUUAGUCUGUUGUUUAAUUUAUUCCUUCGGAGCCAUGCCAGGUUACAUGGUCCUCAUAAGGUACUAACUGAAGAGAGGUGGGAAUAGCAGGAUAUAUAGGUCUUGGGAGACAGGCGAGUCCCAUUUGCGAUGUUGCUGACUCAGAACGGCGCAUUUGUCUCCUCCUCCUCAGAGUGUCGAAGUUUAUAUUUCAUAGCAGAUUUGGUCAGCUUAGUAAAACGAUCUUUCUGCCCGCCUUCGGUUUUGGCGAAUAAUGCUCUGUGCAAAAGACGAGGAUUUUCUGUGUGACAAUGAGGAGCAAAAGCUGAAGUCCAGGUUGAAGUACCUUUUCUGUGGGAAACAGCCACACAGAUGCCCUGAAGUGUGGUCACGUUAUUAAUACAUGUGCCCUUUGGAGCGUGGGAUCACACUGUGCAGAAACAGCUCCCAAGCUCUCCCCAUAUAAACCGUCCCAAACUUUUCGUUCAUCCUCUGAGGCCUUUCUUUGUGUGCCUCCUCCAUGAGAGGUCUGAAAGUGGCAACACGAGAACAGGGCCUUUUCUGUAGUGGCUUCUGAAGUGGGAUUCUCUCCCCAGGGAGGUCCACCUGGCGCCUUCAUUGUAUAUUUUUAGGAGCCAGACGAAAACGUUCCUCACGCCUUUGGCUGAUUUAUAUCCUACAGCCUUUUAAAUGUGUCUGUGAGAUGGGGAGGUUAUGGUUAUGCUGUUUUGUUUAGCCAGUGUGGUAUAGUGGUUAAGAGCAGUGAACUCAUAAUCUGGUGAACCGGGUUCGAUUCCCCGCUCCUCCGCAUGCAGCUGCUGGGUGACCUUGGGCCAGUCACACUUCUUUGAAGUCUCUCAGCCCCACUCACCCCACAGAGUGUUUGUUGUGGGGGAGGAAGGGAAAGGAGAAUGUUAGCUGCUUUGAGACUCCUUAGGGUAGUGAUAAAGCAGGAUAUCAAAUCCAAACUCUUCUUCUUAUUAUUAUUAUUUUCAUGAUUUCCCCUGUAUUUUAUUAUGUGAACCACCCUGUGACCAUAUGGCAAAUAAACUAAAAAUUAAAAUAAAAGCAGUUGGGCAGGGGUAGGAAACUAGAUUCAGUUGGGGGGCUGCAUUCAGAUGCUGCCAACCCUCCUUGAGGCCACUCUGACAUAUAGUUCUCAUAUUAUUGUAAUUUCAUAUGAUGCCAUAGGACUGCAGCAUCAGUUUGCAGCUGGAAAGGAUGAAUCUUUGGGCUGCAAAAUGUGCCCCUUGCUCACAUACGAUUAAUGGAGCCUAAGAGUUAAUUGUUUAACGCUGCAGUUCAACAGCAAUGUGAUGCAUAGCACCUUUUCUCAUUUACUGGCUUCAUGGAAAAUUCUCUUCUUCUCCAGGUCCCUAAAACCCGAGGAGAAGUCAUUUGGUGUGGGUCUCCACUCCCUGGCAGAAAGAGUUUUUGGUAAGGUGCUGGUUACUUUAAACUGCACUUCAAAAAGAAGAGCAGGCACAUCCAAAACAUACAUUUACAGCAUUAUUGUUGUUGUUUAGUCGUUUAGUCGUGUCCGACUCUUCGUGACCCCAUGGACCAGAGCACGCCAGGCACUUCUGUCUUCCACUGCCUCCCACAGUUUGGUCAAACUCAUGCUGGUAGUUUCCAGAACACUGUCCAACCAUCUCGUCCUCUGUCGUCCCCUUCUCCUUGUGCCCUCCAUCUUUCCCAACACCAGGGUCUUUUCCAGGGAGUCUUCUCUUCUCAUGAGGUGGCCACAGCAUUAUUACAUCACUUUAAACAACCAUAGCUUCCCCAAAAGAAUUCUGGGAGCUGUAGUUUGUUAAGGGUACUGAGAGUUGUUAGAAGACCCCUGUUCUCCACACAGAACUACAAUUCCCAGAGUGUUUGAGCAGUCAAUUCCUCUUCCCAGGGAACUCUGGGAAUUGUACCUCUGAGAGGCAAAUAUGGGCCUCCUAACAAUUUUCAGUAGUCUUUCAAACUACAGCUCUCAGGAUAGAUGGAUUUUAGGAUAUGGUAAGCCAACAAAUGGAUCACUUCAUAAACCUAGACAGCAUCUUAAAAAGCAGAGACAUCACCUUGCCAACAAAGGUCCGUAUAGUUAAAGCUAUGGUUUUCCCAGUAGUGAUGUAUGGAAGUGAGAGCUGGACCAUAAAGAAGGCUGAUCGCCGAAGAAUUGAUGCUUUUGAAUUAUGGUGCUGGAGGAGACUCUUGAGAGUCCCAUGGACUGCAAGAAGAUCAAACCUCUCCAUUCUGAAGGAAAUCAGCCCUGAGUGGUCACUGGAAGGACAGAUCCUGAAGCUGAGGCUCCAAUACUUUGCCCACCUCACGAGAAGACUCCCUGGAAAAGACCCUGAUGUUGGGAAAGAUGGAGGGCACAAGGAGAAAGGGAUGACAGAGGAUGAGAUGGUUGGACAGUGUUCUCAAAGCUACCAGCAUGAGUUUGGCCAAACUGUGGGAGGCAGUGGAAGACAGGAGUGCCUGGCGUGCUCUGGUCCAUGGGGUCAUGAAGAGUCGGACACGACUAAACAACUAAACAACAACAACAACAAAGCCGGCAAAUUAUGCAGAGGUUACAUUCCAGGGACCACGCCUAAAGCCAAAAUUGCAUCUAGUCAAAACACACUGGGUGCAAUAGCAGGUGGAACGGUCACAGUCCCCCCCCCCCCGGAUGCCCAUCCCCUUUCUGCCCCUUUUGAAUUUCAUUAUUAUUAUUUUUGCUAAGCUCAUAAAGCUGAAUGCACACAAAUUAAAUGUGCUUAAAUUGCGGUCUUACUGUAUAUGGUUCUAUUUACACAUAUAUACAGUCUAGGCAAAAGAUGGAGGGGCUCACAGCAUAAACAUUUCAACGGAUCUUGCCAUAGCUUUAUGGCCAGCACAGAGCAAGACAUGUCUCUGUGUCUCCAGCUUCCAGCAUCAAUCAAAACUCACACACACAUGCAGUCCUGCUUGGCCUGUUGUUCUCCAUACUAGCAUGGCAUGGCAUCUAGCCGGGUGAAGUGGGAGCAGCACCCCCUUUGUUUCCAUGGCAACAGGGCAACCUCUUUGGACAUGUAAAUGGCAGUACUCAGCUGGCCAACUUGGGCCGUUGUUUUUCAAAGAAACUUGUCUGACCAGUUCAAUGGCCUCUUCUGCUAGAUUGUAAACCUCCUUGGUGCAGAAUCACAGGCCUGGGCGUGACCCCCCCAACCCCCCCCUAUCGUAACAGUGUACUGUUUACAAAAGCCCCCCAAAUGACCCUUCUUGUCUUCAUGUCGUAUUCCAUGUAGCUGGAAUCCCAUCACCUAUCUAUUUUGGAGCGAUGAUUGACACUACCUGUUUGAAAUGGGGAACCAAGAGCUGCGGUGGUGAAGGAGCCUGCCGGAUGUACGAUUCUGACACAUACAGGUAUCGCUGGAAAAUCCCUGUCUCUUUAGCUUUCUGCUAUCUCUAGAAUAUUGUAGAGCAGCUGCGAGGGCAGCCUACACAGUAGCUUCUAGGUCAGGCUUCCUCAACCUCGGCCCUCCGGAUGUUUUUGGCCUACAACUCCCAUGAUCCCUACCUAGCAGGACCAGGGGUCAGGGAUGAUGGGAACUGUAGUCUCAAAACAUCUGGAGGGCUGAGGUUGAGGAAGCCUGCUCUAGGUGUUGCUGCACUUACAUCUCCCAUCACCCCAACCUGUGGCCAUGCUGGUUGGAAUUGCCUCCAACAACAUCUGGAGGGGCACAGCUGCAAAUGGAUGCAGCUGAUGCCUCUGGGUUCAGUCCAGUUUAUUCUGCAGCAUCACAUAUCAGGCUGAGUGAGUGAGUGAAUGGGUGGAUGGAGGGGUGGGAAGCCUGUGGCCUUGCCCAGAUUUUGAUGGACUGCAACACCCAAAUCCCUGACCAUUCUAGGUCUGAUGGGAGCUGUACGGGCACUGCAUUGACUAGGUCUGCCCCAGAGCUUUGGAAGAUACCUAAUCAUUCUUUGGUACGGUGCCUUUUGGGGAUAUAAAGGAAUCUGGAGUUCAGAACAAGCAGGGAGAGGAGAGGUCUUUGACCCUUUUCCUGCCCACUCCCUUUCUGCCGCACCAUACCACCAAAAUGGCCUUGCCCACUUCGCUUUUCAAGUUUCCAAAAGCCCCUCUGAAGUUGUAAAAUUCUAGAAUGGCAAUGAUUUGGAAUAUGAGCCCCAAAGGUUUUCUUCCAAUAUGUUUCCCACUCAUUCUGGGUGCCACAUAGGGGAUUUUUCACCCUUUAGCUCUAGACUGGAAGGGUGUUUCAGAUUAACCUCUUUUUGUAUUAAAAGCAUAUCUGAAGAGUGUGCAGGCAGCAGGGGUUAAGCCCUGCCUCCUGUCACUUUCCCUAUCAACACCACUGUCCUUGGGAGCCAUUGGGAGCCAGUGUGGUGUAGUGGUUAAGAGCGGUAGUCUCGUAAUCUGGGGAACCGGGUUCGCGUCUCCGCUCCUCCACAUGCAGCUGCUGGGUGACCUUGGGCCAGUCACACUUCUCUGAAGUCUCUCAGCCCCACUCACCUCACAGAGUGUUUGUUGUGGGGGAGGAAGGGAAAGGAGAAUGUUAGCUGCUUUGACACUCCUGAAGGGGAGUGAAAGGCAGGAUAUCAAAUCCAAACUCUUCUUCUUCUUCCUCUCACAACCAUAUUUGGCAACUGUGAGAAGGCAUACUACGUUCAUUCCGAUGUACACACAUAGUGCUCUUCCAUGGGACAAAUGAUUUUCUUAUGAUGAUUGCUAAAUGCAUGGCUGUGGGUGGGUGUGGUCAAUCGGAACCACAGAAACGGAGGUGUGGCUAUAGUACACACAAUCCUGCAGCACCCUCAUAUAUGCUUUGGAUGGGGGAGGGGGUUUGUCUGGAAUUUCCCAAUGCGAGUGCUUCCGCAAGAGAGUUGUAACAAAUCAACAAGUUCUCUGGUGGCACCAGUGGCAUGGAAUGUUCUCCCCCUUCUGAAAUAAGAAAGGCUCCAUCAGCAUUGGCAUUCCGCCGGCUCAUGAAGAUGCAUCUGUUUAGACAAGCAUUCCCCUGAUCACCUGACUUGAAUCUCCUGUUGCUGCUUUAAGUGCUUCAGUUGUUGAGCUGGUGAGUUGCUGCUGCUUCCUGGGAAGGGUGAGACAGCAAGGAGAGUGGCGUAGUGAAUACACCCCAACAAAAGCUCCCGAUUGGCUCAAAUGGUGUGUUUGCACUGCACUAACCUCACUGCCUCCUUGCCCUUCUUUCCUCCUUCGCCCAGUAAAGGUAAAGGGACCCCUGACCAUUAGGUUCAGUCGUGACCGACUCUGGGGUUGCAGCGCUCAUCUCGCUUUAUUGGCCGAGGGAGCUCACCCCGUUGCGGGGAUUCAAACCACCGACCUUCUGAUUGGCAAGUCCUAGGCUCUGUGGUUUAACCCACAGCGCCACCCGCGUCCCUUCCUUCACCCAGUAAGCAGCAGCAAAUCACCUGCCAGGUGGUCAGUUGAGCAUCCCCACCCCCGGCUUCUGCCUGUUUUAAUGGGCUCCUCCUUUCAUUUUUGGCAAAUUUUAAUUGUGGAUGUUUUGAUAAACUGCUUUUAUUGUGAGUUUUAAUUAGGGGGAGUUUCUUGUCAUUGGCUUUACACUUGGAAAUGGCUUUGAAGCUGCCACAGCCACUAAGUGGUGUAUGGAUCUUCUUUGGUGAUCACUCGUAGCCGAGUAAGAUUGUCUUCCAUGAACACAGUUUUAACAAUAAGUCCGUAAGUGACUGUGGAGGCCAAUUCUGGACCCACACGUCCUUCCACAGUGGGGACAUUGGUUCCCGGGCAGGAGUUGAUCAUGGUGUGGAUUUGCCAAGCAUACCUUCCUCUUAGCACAUUUCUCCCUUGCGUUCUGAGUUUGAGUGUCUUCAAAGUCCAUGACACCUUUGGUAAACAAAUAACAAAUACAUAACACACUGUUUCACACAAACACUGGCACACACAUAGAAGUGUGUAUCUGUGUUCAGUGUAACAUGCAAACAAGCCUUAGGUUACCAAGAAGGCCAAGGAAAAUAUGCUCCAUCAGUGCAUGGAGGCGACUUGAUUCUCCUUGGGAGAACUUCUGGAGCAUGAGAACUUCUGGAUACAGUGUUCUAUGGCUGCUCUUUACUGAUGCUGUCCAAAUUGCAUUCCAGGCAGCUGUACCUGGGUGUGCCCUCAGCCCUCCGCGCCGUGUCCUACAUCCCGUGUGUGCUUGUGCUCCUCAUUUUAAGGAAACAGAACAAGACUUUGGUGCAGGAUGACAAAGAAUUGGAAGCCAGAGAAGAGGAAAAUGGGUCAGUAGAACAGAAGGAUGUACCUGCAGCCCAGAACAGCACACAUGUACAUCAAGAGACAAUGGACUUGUAAAAAGCAGACUUUAAAGAGGACUGGUGGCUUUAAGGUUGUACAUCAAAUGUAGGUCAUUAUCACUUUUCCAAGUCACCUCUAGAGAUCUUUCCAGAAUACAUAUAUUACAUACAGCAGAGUAUGGGGUGACUAGUGUGGCUCGUUCUUCAUGACUAAAGUUGUAAGUACUGUGUGUUCUAUACUAUCAUAGCUGAGCCUCUGGGUUUGUGCUUUUUUUUUUGGUGUGCACGUGUUUCUGUAAUAAUUGUUCCCACAUAUCAUUUCAAAAUUUCUACAAAAUAACGGAAAGGAGAGAAGGGGCCAUGGCAGCUUUCGUUCGCUCCAAUUUUUCACUUAGGCUGGAUCUAGAACCAUCCAAAAAACAUUUCAGGAAAACGCGUUGUAAACCUCGUUGGCGAAAGAUGGAACUCUACAGCGCCAUUUGGUGUCACAGUGUGAUAACACGUUUAAAGCGCUUUUUCUUGACUAAUGUAGCCGAGUUCUUAAUACAGUGGUACCUCAGGUUAAGUACUUAAUUCGUUCUGGAGGUCCGUUCUUAACCUGAAACUGUUCUUAACCUGAAGCACCACUUUAGCUAAUGGGGCCUCCUGCUGCCGCCGCGCCGCCGGAGCACAAUUUCUGUUCUCAUCCUGAAGCAAAGUUCUUAACCUGAAGCACAAUUUCUGGGUUAGCCGAGUCUGUAACCUGAAGCGUAUGUAACCCGAGGUACCACUGUACAUUUGUUGCUCUGUCCGCACUGUACAUUUUAAGCAGUAUGAUACCACUUUAACACAAUCAUGGCUUCCUCCAAAGAAUCCUGGGAACUGUGCUUUGUUUGGUUUUUAAAAAUAAUUUUCACUAAGUUUUCAAAUUUUACAUUUCAAAAUAGGCAUCUUUCAUUAUACCCAUGCAUUCAACGACUUCCCUCUCUCCCCUUCCAAGAUUCUAUUGAUUUGCUCACACUUCCUGCAUAUUUUUAUAUAUCCAUCUUCAUUCAAUUCUCCCCUCUUACAUCCCUUUUAAAUAGGUUAUACUGUCGAAUUUACCUUAGUGCUGCCAGCGUUUUUGGAAACUGUGCUUUGUUAAGGGUGCUGAGAGUUAUGAGGAGACCCCCGUGACUCUGCGAAGAGGAUUUACUUGUUAAACCGCUCUGGGAAUUGUAGCUCUGUGAGGGGAAGAAGGGUCCCCAAUAACUCUCUCUUAGCACCCUUAACAAACUACAGUUCCCGGGAUUCUUAGCUCCCCACUGCAAUGUCUGUCUAAAGUGGUAUAACAGUGCUUUAAAUGUAUAGUGUAGAUGGGGCAUUCAUUCAGGAUGGAUCUCAAGAAGACAUACAGAGGAUUCCCAGGUGGUGGAGACCCAGACCUGCUUGGCUUCAGACCCGCACAGCGCAGAGGCAGGAGAUGCUACAUGGAGCUUGGCUUUCAGCAAAGCUGAUGGAAUGAGCCCUGCUUUCAAUCUCAGACCCUCCAAAUGUCCCUAUUUUCCAGGGACAUCCCUGAUUUAGUGAAGCCGUCCUGGUUUCUUAUUUGAUCCUGGAUUGUCCCACUGUCCCUUAGGGUGUCCCUAUUUUCAUUGCAGAAAUGUCAGAGAGUAUGGCGUUAUCUAACCCUGAGACCCACAGGUAUAGGGCGGUAUAUAAAUUCAAUAAAUAAUGAUAAUAACAACC